GGGACUUCAUUUAGUAUAAAACAUAUAGCACCUACAAAAUAAACAACAGAAACCAGGCAUACAUCAAUGUCAACCUCAGCAGCCACACUGCAAAGUCAUAUCAUGUUAAUGUAUAUACUGAUGCAUAAAUAUCUCACUCUCUGUACAUAUAUACUCAUUAUGUACAUAUAUAUCUCACUCUCUGUACACAUAUACUCAUUAUAUACAUACAUAUCUCACUCUCUGUACACAUAUACUCAUUAUGUACAUACAUAUCUCACUCUCUGUACACAUAUACUCAUUAUGUACAUACAUAUCUCACUCUCUGUACACAUAUACCCAUUAUGUACAUACAUAUCUCACUCUCUGUACACAUAUACUCAUUAUAUACAUACAUAUCUCACUCUCUGUACAUAUAUAUUCAUUAUGUACAUAUAUAUCUCACUCUCUGUACACAUAUAUAUGUCUCUGAUAUAGCCAGUACAUAUGUCUCUGAUAUAGCCAGUACACAUGUCACUGAUAUAGCCAGUACACAUGUCAAUGAUAUAGCCAGUACAUAUGUCUCUGAUAUAGCCAAUACAUAUGUCACUGAUAUAGCCAGUACAUAUGUCUCUGAUAUAACCAGUACAUUUGUCUCUGAUAUAACCAGUACAUAUGUCACUGAUAUAGCCAGUACAUAUGUCUCUGAUAUAGCCAAUACAUAUGUCUCUGAUAUAGCCAGUACAUAUGUCUCUGAUAUAACCAGUACAUUUGUCUCUGAUAUAACCAGUACAUAUGUCACUGAUAUAGCCAGUACAUAUGUCUCUGAUAUAGCCAGUACAUAUGUCUCUGAUAUAGCCAGUACAUAUGUCUCUGAUAUAACCAGUACAUUUGUCUCUGAUAUAACCAGUACAUAUGUCACUGAUAUAGCCAGUACAUAUGUCUCUGAUAUAGCCAAUACAUAUGUCUCUGAUAUAGCCAGUACAUAUGUCUCUUAUAUAACCAGUACAUUUGUCUCUGAUAUAACCAGUACAUAUGUCACUGAUAUAGCCAGUACAUAUGUCUCUGAUAUAACCAGUACAUUUGUCUCUGAUAUAACCAGUACAUAUGUCUCUGAUAUAACCAGUACAUAUGUCUCUGAUAUAGCCAGUACAUAUGUCUCUGAUAUAACCAGUACAUUUGUCUCUGAUAUAACCAGUACAUAUGUCUCUGAUAUAGCCAGUACAUAUGUCUCUGAUAUAGCCAGUACAUAUGUCUCUGAUAUAACCAGUACAUUUGUCUCUGAUAUAACCAGUACAUAUGUCACUGAUAUAGCCAGUACAUAUGUCUCUGAUAUAACCAGUACAUUUGUCUCUGAUAUAACCAGUACAUAUGUCACUGAUAUAGCCAGUACAUAUGUCUCUGAUAUAACCAGUACAUUUGUCUCUGAUAUAACCAGUACAUAUGUCUCUGAUAUAGCCAGUACAUAUGUCUCUGAUAUAGCCAGUACAUAUGUCUCUGAUAUAGCCAAUACAAAUGUCUCUGAUAUAGCCAAUACAUAUGUCUCUUAUAUAACCAGUACAUUUGUCUCUGAUAUAACCAGUACAUAUGUCUCUGAUAUAGCCAGUACAUAUGUCUCUGAUAUAACCAGUACAUUUGUCUCUGAUAUAACCAGUACAUAUGUCUCUGAUAUAGCCAGUACAUAUGUCUCUGAUAUAGCCAGUACAUAUGUCUCUGAUAUAACCAGUACAUUUGUCUCUGAUAUAACCAGUACAUAUGUCACUGAUAUAGCCAGUACAUAUGUCUCUGAUAUAGCCAGUACAUAUGUCUCUGAUAUAACCAGUACAUUUGUCUCUGAUAUAACCAGUACAUAUGUCUCUGAUAUAGCCAGUACAUAUGUCUCUGAUAUAGCCAGUACAUAUGUCUCUGAUAUAGCCAAUACAAAUGUCUCUGAUAUAGCCAGUACAUAUGUCUCUUAUAUAACCAGUACAUUUGUCUCUGAUAUAACCAGUACAUAUGUCACUGAUAUAGCCAGUACAUAUGUCUCUGAUAUAACCAGUACAUUUGUCUCUGAUAUAACCAGUACAUAUGUCACUGAUAUAGCCAGUACAUAUGUCUCUGAUAUAGCCAGUACAUAUGUCUCUGAUAUAGCCAGUACAUAUGUCUCUGAUAUAGCCAAUACAAAUGUCUCUGAUAUAGCCAAUACAUAUGUCUCUUAUAUAACCAGUACAUUUGUCUCUGAUAUAACCAGUACAUAUGUCACUGAUAUAGCCAGUACAUAUGUCUCUGAUAUAGCCAGUACAUAUGUCUCUGAUAUAACCAGUACAUUUGUCUCUGAUAUAACCAGUACAUAUGUCACUGAUAUAGCCAGUACAUAUGUCUCUGAUAUAACCAGUACAUAUGUCACUGACAUAGCCAGUACAUAUGUCUCUGAUAUAACCAGUACAUAUGUCACUGAUAUAGCCAGUACAUAUGUCACUGACAUAGCCAGUACAUAUGUCUCUGAUAUAGCCAGUACAUAUGUCUCAAAUAUAACCAGUACAUAUGUCUCUGAUCAGGCCAGUACAUAUGUCAGAGUCCCCCACUGUUACAAUUGUUAAAUUUUAUACAGG